UCUCCGCUUCAUAUAUGAAGUACAGACUUAACCGAAUAUCUAUAUAAACUGGAUCUAAUAAUCAUUAGACGCCGAAGAUUGGUUUUCAAAUACAUUGUUUUACCAAUGUGCUUGGCUUCUUUAGACUUGCAUUGUAAUAAUAAAUAGUCUUACACUGUUAAUGUUGCUAUUUUCUCUUCCAAACUUUAAUUUUGUAUGCAUUUAAAUCUGAUGAUAUUAUGCUAGGCUAGGCUAAGGAUUAAUAGGAAUAAGAAUUUGAAAGAAUUUAGGACUAGAUAUAUGUGGUGAGCGACCACUAUAAAUGGUGGAGACUUGACUGCGAUAGUAGUGAACUGAUUGUGUUGAGGAUGCUAAGAAGCGGUUUUCUGUAAUUCUCCGACACUAUGCUCCAGUCUGCCCCGGUGGAUACAUCGUAUAUCCACCGACUUAUCUACCUCGCCGUGGCCCUCGGAAUAAAGGUCGUACUAGGCGGUGUUUGCUGGGAGAUGUUUGAUGGUGGCAGUGGUCUAUGCAUGAAAGCAUUCUACAUGAACAUGAACCGGUCCGAGUGCUGCUCGUUGCAGGGUUCCGCAAGUGUGGCCUGGUCCCCGCACACCGCCACCAACAACAUAUUCUACCUCAACUUUCUGGCCAGGGGCGCGCCACAGUGUCAGCCCUGUCACACGAACUGUUCAACGGUGACGUGUGGGCACGGACGGGAGUGUCGUACGCGGGACGGCGGCCUCCAGUGCGUCUGCAGCCCAAUUUGUCUCCCAACAGACCUGGCGCGCGGCCGCCUCUGUGGCACGGACGGACGGCCGUACAAAAACUCGUGCGUCCUUGAAAAAACCAACUGCCUCACAAACAGACACACCGGUGUUGAGUAUUACGGCAAAUGCAGAAGGUCGUGUAAGCGGGUGGACUGCGGACAAGGGUGGCGCUGCCUGGAGGACCAAAACGGUCUCCCGCACUGCGUCAGGUGUGACCUAACAUGUACGCGCACCUCACAGCAACACCGCCCCGUCUGCGGUGUGGACGGAAACACGUACAUAAACACAUGUCAGCUCAAGGCGGCAGUGUGCAGAACCGGAAAGAGCAUACGGCUAGCCUACGACGGACCCUGUAACCAAACGUACAAAUGCUCCAACCACGGGUGUCCGUCUGGUCAGAACUGCCUCGUGAACCCCGUCAACGGCCAGCCAGUGUGCGCCACGUGCAACACUGUUUGUUUGCCGACCGUUGACCAGCCCGUCUGCGGCACAGACGGGCGCACAUACAGCAGCUACUGUCACAUGACCAGCUCCGCGUGUUCACGAGGUGUCUUCGUCACAACUCGUCGAAAUGGCCUGUGCAAGGAAAAGACUAAGAAAAUAGACCAAUUAAAGGUAAAUAAACAGUCGCUUAAAUCAAAUAAAGAAAAUGAAAAGCAUCAAAGAAGGCAAAGAAGAAAAGAACGCAGGCAAAAACACAGAAGACAAAAACGAAGAAAGGACAAAAGGAAACAAAAACUUCAAAGAAAGGAAAAGCACGGAACACACGGGGUUAGAAAAAAUACCAACACAAAAGCCAAGUCUAGCCGUGAAGCAGCCAAGGUCAAAUUACAGACGCACGUGGGAAACGACACCUGAUGUGUUACUGAAGAGUGUUGGACAUGAGCUGGGCGUACAGGGUAAACAGUUUGUGAUAUUACAGGGCCCCACCCGGGGUCGAACAUUAUGGGCGCUGGACGCCAGAUCUCCUCCGGAUAUACAUAGCUUUCAUCCAGUACGUCGGUGUAAUUAUGUGUUUACAGUUGUAGAAAAAAACUUGUUAGUUGUGUAUUUAUGUCAAAUAACUACUUACAAAACAUGA